CGCAGUCCCCGCCUCUCGUCCCGCAGAUAUAAGCCCGCGCCUCCCGCCCCGUCGCAGCUCACCGCCGAUCCGCCCCACGAAGAUGCUGAGCGCCCACGCCGGACCCCGGGCUCUGCUGCUCGGCGCCCUGCUGUGCCGCCUGGCCGCCGCCGGUAACUCAGAACUACCAACAGCAGUUAAUAUAACUUGGUCUUCAAUCAAUUUUAAAACUAUACUACAAUGGCAACCAAAACCGUCAGGCUACUUCUAUACAGUAGAAAUACAUGGACAGACAUCUGACACCAAAAAAAAAUGCACACUGACCACGGAAACAGAGUGUGAUGUUACUGAUGCACUCAGGAACGUGAAAGAGACCUAUACAGCACACGUAUUGUCUGUACAAUCCGCAGGGGUGGAUAACUUCGAAGAACCGCCUUUUGCAAGCUCUGAAAAAUUCACGCCUUAUAAUCAGACUAUUCUUGGAAAACCAGAGAUCCAGCAUUACACACAGAAGGAUUCCAAACUGAAUAUUGUGUUCCGAGAUCCACUUACACCGUAUAUGUUUCCUAAUGGAAGCUUUCAAAGUAUUCGAGAUAUUUUCAAACAUGACCUGGAAUACAAACUCUAUUACUGGAAAGAUCAAAGUUCUGGAAAGAAAGACGCAACAACAAAAAGCAAUAUUUUCGAAAUAAGCGUUGACAACAAAAACAACUACUGCUUCUACAUACAGGCAAUCAUUCCCUCUCGCAGAGAAAUCCGUACUGGUCAAGAAAGCAUGGUGCUUUGUACCAGUGUAGGAAGAACUAUCUUAGAUGAAUAUGGAGCAGAAGUCUUUAUCAUCAUAGCAGUGGUAGCAAUUGCUGUCAUCACUCUUGCCAUUGUUCUAUCAGUGAUCCUGUGUAAACGCAAAAAAGCAAAAGCUGCAAGAGAAAAAGAACCGCUUAAUGGUAUCUAAGGAAAAACUACGGUGGAUACUCAUGGCAGUUCCAAAGCAAAACAAAGAAAAAAAAAAAAGUGAAUUGGGUGAAACCUGUAGACUCUCUGGUACAGGAGUUGUGAAGCCAAAACCUUAUGUGGAUUCGGAGAUCCAUUGGACAGUCACAAAUGAAAAAUCCCAAGAUACCUGGAAGCCCUUGUGUCACUAGUGGCUGGAGGCUGGAAGAGUAUUCUGACUGUUACAGUAUGAUUACCCUGCACAUAGACUCUUCCCAAGCACCUUGUAUAGUCCUGUUUGAAACAGGCGUCUCAGCUAGAAUCAAAUGAGUCUUUGAUUUGGCCAGGUAUUCUAAAGUAUAAGCCUUACUGAGCCAGACAACUUACGGUACUUGUGAUGGGAAAAAACACUACUUUUGAAAAAUACGUUUCCUUUACUAACUAAAAGGAACAAUUUUCUGUUUCUGUGAAACAAAAACCUUAUUUAUCUGACUUUCUUACAACAUUAUUAACUGGUGAAAUGGUCUGUUCAGAUGGGACAAGGAUGCUAGUAUCAUUUCUGCACUUCUUGGAUAAAAGUGGCUUAGUCUAUUUAUCUUUGCAUAUAUGCAAUCAGUGGUAAACAAAAUGAAACUAGUGUAUUGGUGACUCUAAUGAACACUCUUGAAGUAGAUAGCUGCUAACCAUAUGGAAAGCAUACCUGGAUUACACUACACCUAUACUUCUAUAAACAGGGUAGUCUUAAGGUUCCAAGCAAGUGUUAGGAUAAAUAUUCUGCAGUUUGAGGCAAUAAUAUCUCACCUCAGGCAAACACUGAGUAGGUAGCAGUAUUUACUGCAUUUUUAAUUUUAUUUUGUAUUAAAUGGUGAAUCAAUAGGUUCUGUGGUGUGGUAUACAUUCAAAUCAUGUUGGUGAUAGGUUUCGGAGGUACCUUUUGCUAUGACUAUUUUAAUAUUUAUUUUAUGGACGUCAAUCUAAUUUUUGUACUGGUGAUAUCUGUAUUUAUGAUACUAAUUUAUACUUUUCUAGGGAAAUAAAGGUGACUGGGAAAACAGGA